AUGACAAUCCUGCAAGGUGUGCGAUUGGAGGAAAAUAAGAGAGAUAGAUGGAUGUGGAAGUUAGAAGGAGAAGGACUUUAUUCGGUUAACUCUGCCUAUGUUUUUUUGCAGGAACAAUAUUUAGAAGACCCGGAUCCUGGAUUUACUUGGAUCUGGGAGGCACCAGCCCCAUCCAAUAUUAAAGCAUUUGCGUGGCGAAUGUUGCUGGGGAGGAUUCAGACUCGUGAUAAUCUACACAAGCGACAAAUUCUGCACAUAGCUGAGGAAGCGGUGUGCCCACUUUGCGGCGUGGUAGAAGAAUCAUGUGCUCAUCUACUCUUUUCAUGUCCGGAAACACUGUCAAUCUGGUAUGCAUGCUCCGAUUGGUUGGGUGUACUUACUGCCCAGGUCCCAGAGCCUAAGGCACACUUGCUGCAAUUUCCAUCAGUUGGGAGAAGUAAAGCUCAAAAACUAGGAGAGAUCGCAAUUUGGCUAGCAACUAUAUGGACCAUCUGGUGUCAACGUAACAAAGUGGUUUUCAAUGGAGGAUCGCUGGUCAGAGAACAAGUGGUGGAACAUAUUAAGCUUAUGUUGCUGGAUGUAUUGUAUGAAUUAUGGAAGCUUAUGAUUGGUUCUAGAAGGGACCAUGAAACAGCUUGCAUAUGUGGUACUCAAGGUUGCUUUCGUUUACUGGAGCUGGCUGUGGUACAUGUUGGUAGGAUGAUAGGUUUAAGCGGGUUUAUUCAAGGAGAAGGACCCGGGAGUAUUUAG